AUGGUUAUUGCAACAAUAUGGAUUUUGAAAUUAUAAACAAUAUCUGUCAAGCUCACAUUUUAGAGGAACACACGAAUCGAAUAUAUUGUGAAAAUUUCUUCAAAAAAAUAUUUAAAAAUGGCAAGUCGUGGCAGUAUAUCUGACGAAAUGGUUUCGGGUGGAGAUAAACUACCUAUAAAGACAGAACUAGAUGAAAUUGAGGAAUUUCAUAUAAAAUCCGAAGUGGGUAGAUCGCAUGUGGUCAAGGGAAUUUCUUCUCUAACUGAGGUUAAUAACUGGAUAACUGCUCUUUACGAGCAAAUUCUGACGAGACUAAGCGAUAUGAGAAGCAAUCAACGUAAUGUUCGACUGCUUGCUUGCAGCAGACAGUGUAACAAUAUUAUAGACUCAAUGUUGAAGAAGAUUGACGACUACGAAGCCAAUUUUGGGUACAGCCAAGAUAACACUCGCCAACAACCAAUGGCAAUAUAA